UUAUUAGAGACAGAGUUUUACCAUGUUGACCAAGCUGGUCUCUAACUCCAGACCUCAAGUGAUCCACCUGCCUCAGCCUCCCAAAGUUAUGGGAUUACAGGCAUGAGCCACUGCACCUGGCCCCUCCCUGCUUAUUCUUUUGCCCUCUAUUUGGGGACCAGUGUUACUUAGUCACUUCUUUAUUAUGUUUGUGUGUAUUUUGCACUUUACCACUGAUACCAUGUUUGCUGAUCCAUCUGUGCUUUUCACAGCGUGCAUACAGAUUACAGUUUGUAGCUUGGAAACAAACCAGAGACACCUCUAUUACACAGUUGUCUCCUUCAUCUCCCUCCCCCUCUGAUGCUUCUCCAGUAACUCAGGCAUUUUGGAUUUCUUUCAGACUGGAAGACUACCCUUGAGGAGAAUAGGUUGAAUUCUGAAAAAGAUCGAGCUAGGGAAGAACUGUCCCACCACGUGGAAGUGAAACAAUGUGUACAGGAGGACCCACCCUGUUUGGUGUCAUUAGGAAAAGUGCACAAUCAGAGCAACCAGUUAAGGGAACACCAGGAGAACUCCUUGAGGUUCAUGGUACUCACCUCAGAGAGACUGUUUCCUCAAAGAGAACACUGUGAGCCUGAACUUGGGGGAAGUUAUUCUCUACCUUCUACUUUAAGCCUUCUACCUAUGACAUUACCUGCACGUACAGGUUUCCCUAAGCCUAACUCACAGGUUAAAGAGUUUAAACAAAAUUCAACUUUCAUUAAUCAUGAGAAAAAUGGAGCAGGUGAGAAGCACUGUGAGAAUCAUCAGCAUGCUAGAGCCUUGUGUCAGAGCAUUUACUUGAGUAAACUUGGAAACAUUGAAACAGGAAAGAAAACCCCUUAUGAACAUAUUGUUGGUCGUGACUCUCUCAACUAUGGUUCCUCCCUUUGUUUUCAUGGUAAAACUUUUUCAGUGAAGAAAAGUGAUGACUGUAAGGAUUAUGGAAAUCUCUUCAGUCACAGUGUGUCUCUGAAUGAACAGAAGCCAGCGCAUUUUGGAAAAAGUCAGUAUGAGUGUGAUGAAUGCAGAGAAGCCUGUUCUGAGAGUCUGUGCCUUGUACAAACAGAAAGAAGUGACCCUGGAGGGACCCCCUUCAGAGGUGAGGAUGGCUGCGCUGCCUUCCCUGUGGCCUCAUCUUUUUCUGACUGUAACAUCAUUCAGACUGCAGAGAAGUCAUCUGUGUGUAAUCAGUGUGGAAACUCUUUCAGCUGUUGUUGUAAGCACAUAUACCAGAGAACACAAACUGGAGAAAAGCCCUUCGAAUGUACUCAUUGUGGGAAAUCUUUUAGUCAGAGCUAUGACCUUGUCAUACAUCAGAGGACACACACUGGAGAGAAGCCCUAUGAGUGCGACCUGUGUGGGAAAUCCUUCACCCAGCGAUCCAAACUUAUUACGCAUCAGCGAAUUCACACUGGAGAAAAACCGUAUCAGUGUGUUGAAUGUGGAAAAUCCUUCAGGUGGAACUCUAACCUCAUUGUACAUCAGAGAAUUCAUACUGGAGAGAAACCGUACGAGUGCACUCACUGUGGAAAGUCCUUCAGCCAAAGCUAUGAGUUAGUUACACAUACAAGAACCCACACUGGAGAAAAGCCCUUCAGAUGUACUCAGUGUGGGAAAUCUUUCAGCCAGAAGUAUGAUCUUGUCGUACAUCAGAGGACACACACUGGAGAGAAACCCUAUGAGUGCAACCUGUGUGGGAAAUCCUUCUCCCAGAGUUCCAAACUUAUUACGCAUCAGCGAAUUCACACUGGAGAAAAACCGUAUCUGUGUAUCGAAUGUGGGAAAUCCUUCAGGUGGAACUCUAACCUCGUCAUCCAUCAGAGAAUUCAUACUGGGGAGAAACCGUACAAGUGCACUCAUUGUGGAAAGUCCUUCAGCCAAAGCUAUCAAUUAGUUGCACAUAAAAGAACUCACACUGGAGAAAAGCCCUAUGAAUGUAACCAGUGUGGAAAAGCCUUCAAUCGAAGCACUCAGCUCAUCAGGCAUCUGCAAAUUCACACUGGGGAGAAGCCGUACAAAUGCAAUCAGUGUGAUAAAGCCUUUGCGAGGAGCUCCUACCUUGUGAUGCAUCAGAGAACUCACACUGGUGAGAAACCUUUUGAGUGCAGUCAGUGUGGGAAAGCCUUUACAGGGAGCUCUAACCUUCUUUCCCAUCAGAGAAUUCAUUCUGGAGAGAAACCCUACGAAUGUAGUGACUGUGGGAAAUCCUUCCGGCAGCGAUCUCAGCUUGUAGUGCAUCGGCGGACACAUACUGGAGAGAAACCUUAGGAGUGCAGUCAUUGUGGGAAA